AUGUGUUGUCGGGGCAGCGAGCGGGACCUGCAGAGCUCGGCCCGGAGAAUGGGCGCCUCGCUCCUGCUGCAGCUGUCGGCCCAUGAGCGGGAGCUCGACCUGGUUUUCCUGGAUCACAGCUACGCUAAGCCGUGGAGCGCACACCCCGAGGCCAGCAGCUCCAGGCCGGCACGGCUUCUCUUCGUGACCCCGCGGAGGCAGCAGGACAGCAGCAGUGAUUGUGACGUGACUGUUGAUGUGGAGACAGUAAUUCCAACACCAACCCCCCUGUAUGAUAACCAGAAGGCUCGGAGUGUGAUGAACGAAUGUGAGCGUCAUGUCAUCUUUGCAAGGACAGACACAGAUGCCCCUUUGCCACCUGAUGACUGGGAGGAUCACAUCAACAGGUUGGGAUGGACUGCAACUCAGAACAAAUUGUUCAACAAGGUCGUGAAAGCAUUGUAUUCAGAUCGGUUGGCAAGACUGGCGAAUGAGGGGGCCAGUAAUGAACCAGUGCUGCGGAGGAUCGCAGUGGAUAAAUGUGCCCGACGUGUUCGACAGGCCCUUGCCUGUGUCAGCUGGGACACCAAGUUGACACAAUGGCUGCACACAACGCUGGUGGAAACCCUGAGCCUGCCCAUGCUGGCAGCAUACUUAGAUGUGCUUCAGACCUUGAAAUGCAAGGUACCAACGUUAAUUGAUAAAAUGAUCAUUUCCUCCACCACUAAGUCAGGAGCUGCUGGGGCGGAAGCCCUGUCCCUACUGUUGAAGCGACCGUGGGAUCCUGCAGUAGGAGUGCUUUCCCAUAAUAAACCGAGUAAGAUCCCAGGUUCUCCGUUGCUGCUCGUCACUCCUAGUGGACCCAUGAACAACAUGACAUCUGCAUCACGCAGGAACCGUUUUUGGUUAUCUCAGCUGUCCUGUUUGGGAAAGGUUAUACCUGUCACCAUGCACGUUGUAAAUGGGGGCUCAGGAGUGAGUGUGGUGCAAUGUCUGGAGCACAUGAUUGGAGUGGUCCGAGCCAAGAUCCUGGAGUUGCAGACUCACUUUGCAAGCAGACCAAUUGUACUGAUCGGUUGGAAUGUUGGAGCCAUCGUUGCUUGCCAUGUCUCAAUGAUGGAAUUUGUCUCAGCUGUUGUCUGCCUUGGAUUUCCUCUGCUCACUGUGGAAGGACCAAGAGGAGAUGUCGAUGACCCAUUACUGGAUAUGAAGACACCUGUCUUAUUUGUGAUGGGACAGAACUCAGUGCAAUGCAACACUGAUGCCGUUGAGGAUUUCCGGGAGAAGAUUCGAGCUGAAAACAGUUUGGUGAUAGUCGGAGGUGCAGAUGACAAUCUCAGGAUUAAUAAAGCAAAGAAGAAGAUGGAGGGUCUGACGCAGAGCAUGGUGGACAGAUGUAUACAGGAUGAAAUUGGUGAUUUUCUGACUGGUGUUCUAACCAAGAAUGAAGCACAGUUGGGGACUGACGUCAAAGAUGUGGAUGCAGACAAGAAGAGACGCUGUCGGGAUGCUCGGAGGGACCUGGCCUUUGAGCUUCCAGAGAGAAGUAGCCGUCCCACAUCUCCUUUUAGUCGAGUGCCAGCUUCUCCUUCUGGUUCUGAGGGCACCUCCAGCGUGUCAAGCAGUCCCAAUUCCAGUCCAAAGACAAAGAGCUCCACCUUGUCGCCUGCCCAGAAGGCCAGCCUGAUCACAGCUACUGCCACUGCUGCAAGCCAGUCACCCAGCCUUUCUGCUCAGUUCACCCAGAUCCUCAAACAACACAUGCAGCGGACUGGCACGGUGUUGACUCAGAAACAAGCUCAAGCUCAGUUUGCUGCUUUUCUGAAACAAAACAUGCUGGUGAGGAAGAAUUUGACUCCAGCCAGCUCCUCCUGUGUCUUUGUUCCACUGUCCUCGGAGCAGCAAGAGCUGGCAGAGCCGGAGGACGUAAAGAGCCAACUGAAAAGACGGCAGCCAUCGAGCCCAACUCAAGUGGUCUCCAAGCCAGCAAAAAGAGCCAAAAUUAAAGUGACCAUACUUUCGCAAGGAGAGCCAUCAGCUACCACCAUGCCUUUCACAGGUGCCAAGGAAGGUGGGGCAGGAAAACCUUUAACGUUGUCAUUGAGCCAGCCAGGAUCUAGUAGCAAGGAACCGGCUGGAACUGUCACAGGUCCGAGAUCGAAUGUGGAAGUGUUCUCCACUUGUCCGAGUACAAUAACCUCACCUGCUCCAGCCGUCAGCACCACAGCCAGUGCCUUCCAUACUAUCCAGGCCAGACUGGUCACCCCACCAGGUUCCAGUACUUCACAGCAACCUCAUUCUGCACCGAACACAGCAUCAGGGACACAGUCAGCAAGUAGCCUGCUCCAAGGAUUGAGCUUCAGUCUGCAGGACAUUGGAACAAAACCUUCUAGCCUGUCAUCUGCCAGCCCGAGCCAGGCUCCGAGUGUGAAGAGUUCAACCUCCACCCUGGGCCAUGUAACUGUGGCAGCAAAUUCUGUUGUCCGCGCAUCGCCUGCACCGGGAUUCCUGGGUGGGAACGGGAGCAACAAAUCUACCACUAUCCACCACCUGCUGAGCAAUGGAGGAUUGUCCAAACUGACAAGCAGCUCGUCCACCCUAUCAGUGCUGUGACUCUCUGUUAUCGGUCCCGAGUUCCCAAGGCACAAGCACAAUCAAACAGACCAGUGCAUCGGGAGAUGUCAGCAAAGGUCAUUCC